AUGCUUUAUUACGAGCGAUACACCGCAAAUGGAGAAACAGAAGAGGGGGAUGAUCUGGAAGCCGAGGAUGAACCCGAAGUAGAGAAAGCCUAUCUACCAGGGGAUGCUAUCGAAGAUGACGAAGCUUUGGAGGUGGAUCUGUCUGCGUACGACAUGUUACAUUCUGUUAAUGUAGAGUGGCCAUGUCUGAGCUUUGAUAUCAUUCCGGAUGGUUUAGGCGAUAACCGAACAAAGUUCCCCAUGACCACGUACCUGGUGGGUGGCACACAGGCGGAGAAGGCGCACCAGAAUAAGAUUAUAUUCAUGAAGCUAUCGCAAAUGCACAAAACAAAAUUUGAUAAUGACUCCGAUGCGUCGGAUGAUGAUGAUGAUGAUGCCUUAGACGAAGACGCCAUUCUCACAUCUCACCAUAUCAAACACAACGGAGGCAUCAAUAGAGUGCGAGCCUCACCCACCAUGCCAGGCGUAGUUGCGGUCUGGUCAGAAACUGGAAAGGUUUCCAUGUACGAUGGCUCUGCACACAUUUCAGCUCUGGACACACCACCCACAGUACCGUUGGCAGCCAAAACAGACCCUAUCUUCACAUUCAACGGACAUCCUACAGAAGGAUACUCCAUGGACUGGUCACCAACUGUACCUGGCCGGUUCGUAUCCGGCGAUUGUCACAAACAUAUAUAUCUUUGGGAGCCUACGCAAGAAGGCAGCUGGAAUGUCAAUAAGACACCAUUCAAAGGGCAUACGGAAUCGGUAGAAGACAUACAGUGGAGUCCUUCAGAACCGAAUGUGAUGGCAUCGGCUUCGUGUGACAAGACGGUUAGAAUAUGGGACACGAGGAAAAAGAAUGGAAGUGCACUGACUGUGCAGGCACACGAUGUAGACGUGAAUGUAUUGAGCUGGAAUAAGCUCACUAACUAUCUCAUGGUGUCGGGAGGAGACGAUGGUCAAUUUAAAGUGUGGGAUCUUCGAACUUUCUCCAGUGGAGGUGCGAAUGUGCAGCCCGUCGCUUCGUUUAAGUGGCAUUCUGCGCCCAUCACAAGCGUUGAAUGGCACCCCACGGAUGACUCGGUUUUGGCUGUGUCUGGUGCUGAUGAUCAGACGACGCUCUGGGACUUAAGUGUAGAGAACGAUAAAGAAGAAGCUGGCCAGAGUGAUGCGCCAGACGUUCCGCCACAACUGCUGUUCAUUCAUCAGGGGCAACAAGAUGUGAAGGAGCACCACUGGCACCCCCAGUGUCCAAGUGUUCUCAUUAGUACGGCGGCGUCGGGUAUCAACGUGUUCAAAACGAUAUCAGUCUGA